AUGGCUUCGGCAGAGCAGCCCGCGCUUGCGACCACAAAGCGCAAGUUCCAUAAGCUCCUCGACAACCUCACGGCAAGCAACUCGACUACUUCCCUCGCGAGCACUCUGCAAGAGUCGAAUGCUUCUACCGCUUCGCUCUCGGCGCUUUCCGAGACAGGCAGCCCUGAACACCCGAGCAAGCGCCCGCGCAGCGCAAACCUGAGCAUGGAGCGUCAGAGGGGUAUAUCCGAAGGUCAAGAGCGCAUCCGACAGCUCAAGGAACAGCUCAUGACCCCACGAAGAGAAGGCACCAUCAAAGUUGUGGGCAAGACCUUGGUAACGCCAAAAACCUCAACCCCGAAAGCCUCUACGCCGCGCAAAGCACCAAACUUCCAGCCAUAUAGCCAAGACCACUUCCUCGAGAGACUGAAGACGUUUGCAGAUGUGCGGAAGUGGACUACCAAGCCGGAUGCCAUCAACGAGGUUGAAUGGGCAAAGCGGGGCUGGAGCUGCGAUAUCUGGAAUACAGUGGCUUGCAAAGGUGGAUGUGAAAAUCGUGUUGCGGUCAAGUUGAGGCCAAAGCGUAAAGAUGCUAACGGCAAGGAGCUCGAGAUGAGCGAGGACCUGGCCUUUGAUAUCGACGAGGCUUUGGUAGACAGAUACAAGGACCUCAUCACCGAAGGACAUGCGGAUGACUGCUUGUGGAGGAAGCGCGGCUCCAUAUCCGCCGACCUUCCCCUCCUCGAACACAUCACAUACCCCGAACCAUCCAUACACCACAUCCUUGAACGCAUACCAUCAUCCUUCUUCACUUCAGCAGGCACCGAACCACCUCUGUCGCCCAGCGACAUCGUGGCAUUUGUCUUUGCCCUCUUUGGCUGGACCGGCGUCUCAGAAUCCCGCAUAUCCCUCGCUGUAUGCAACCACUGCUUCCAGCGCCUGGGUCUCUGGCUCUCCUCCGCCACGCGCCUCAAGGAAAUGAGCAAGAAACUAGACGUGCCCAUUGAAAGUCUGCGCCUCAACCUUCUCGAAUCCCACCGCGAACACUGCCCCUGGAAGAACCCAGAUGUCCAAGCAAACUCAAAAGACGGUCCUAUCGCCAACAUGCCCGCCUGGCAAACCCUCGAAUUCAUGCUACUCGGUCGUAACAGAGAUAUUGCCGCCGGUAUUCACUCCCCACUUAAACAAACACCUAGAAAGCAACAUGCUAGGAACAACGAUAGCAUCGAUGUGGGCAGUGAGCUCGAGUAUCCGCGUGGCAGUAUGGAUAGCGUCGAGAGACCCAAAGACCACGACGACGAUGAAGAUGGUGGUCUGCGCGAGAAGUGGAGUAAGCUCAAGGCGAAAUUGAAGCGCAGUGCCAGUAAGAAGAGUUUGAAGAGUACGAAGAGUGGGAAGAGCACCAAGAGCGGGAAAAGUGUUAUGACAAAGGCUGACAAGGAGAAGUCUUAG